UGCUGACGCCGCCCGUUCUCUUGCAGGGUGCUGGACUACUUYCCCCACCAGCAAGCCAUGGCCGUGGACGUGGCCAUGCAGCUCUACGUGUGCCCCUCGCCGCUGCGCAGGGAGAAGCGGGGCGCGUGCAAGGCGGCGCCRGCGCCCCCCAAGCCGCUCCGGCCCUGCAUCCAGCCGGGAGGCGGCGGGACGGCGCCCGGCGCGCCGGCCCGCGGCAAGGCCAAGAAGAGGGUGUCGUUCGCCGACAGCCGGGGCUUCGCCCUCACCAUGGUGAAGGUCUUCUCGGAGUUCGACGAGCCGCUGGAGCUGCCGCUCGGCGUGGCGGAGCUCCUGGAGAGCCUCGCGGGGCUGGCGGCGGCCGAGAGGGACAGCUUCGUGCUGGACUUCGCGCAGCCCUCCUCGGACUACCUGGCCUUCCGGAGCCGCCUGCAGGCCGACUGCGUGUGCCUGGAGAGCUGCGYGCUGCGGGAGCGCUCCGUGGCCGGCACCGUCAAGGUGCGCAACCUGGCCUUCGAGAAGGCCGUCCGCGUCAGGAUGACGUUCGACACCUGGAAGACCUUCACGGACUACCCGUGCCACUACGUCAGGGACGUGUACGAGGGCUCGGCCUGGGACACCUUCUCCUUCGACAUCAGCCUGCCCGAGGGCAUCCCGCCCCACGAGCGCGUGGAGUUCGCCGUCUCCUUCGAGUGCGGCGGGCGGGAGUACUGGGACAGCAACGGGGGCGCCAACUACCGCAUCACGCGCGCCGGGCUCAAGUGGGCCCGCGAGGCGGCGCGCCCGCCGGCCGGCCCCGACUGGGCCGGCGCCUUGGACCAGUUCGGCAGCCCGCGCUGCUCCUACGGCCUCUUCGCCGAGUGGCCCAGCUACUCGGGCUACGAGAAGCUCGGCCCCUACUACUGACGUGGGGCGCCGCGUCCUCCCGGACGAACUGCCGGCGCCCGCUCGGGCCUGGCGCGAGGGGCGCCACAUGUGGAAGAGGUCAUGGAAGAGGUGACGCUUCAUGGACCUUCCCAACCAGAGGAGAUGGGUGCCGGAGGCCUCCUUGGGCUUAAGUCAACCUGAAGUCAACCCCGCCUUAAGUCAACCCACGGCGCUCCCGGUGCCCGGAGGCGUCGGCGCCGCUCCGUUGGCCGCUAGUCCUUCUGUGGAGCUGCUGGUCUCCAGAGAAACGCGGCGCUUGGCUCGGCCGUAUAAGCUAUGUUAGUGGUGGGUGCUUGGGGUGUUGCUUGCUAGUGUCUAAUUCUUUUUUCCAAGUGUUUUUCUAGUGUUUUUUUGGCGAGCUGCGUGGCGGGUUCCUCCUGCAAAGCUGAGCUGGGCCCCUCGGGAAACGUAGCUUAUGGACCGCUUGGUUUGGAGGGGAGCGAGUCCUCGUCUCGCCCCCGUCCUCGUAGCACGGGAGCCUCUCUGCUCGAGAGGUUGGGGUUUUCUUGUGUUUUUUUGUUUUUUUUUUCUUUUUUUCUCUUUUUUUGGAGAUGAAAGUGCAACCACGGUGGGGAAUGUCACYCUGCUGGAUGAGGAGACCUCCGUGCCCCCCUGCCAGGGGGAAUGUAGAGUCGCUGGUUCUUUUAUCAGCUAAGCCUGAAGGGCUCUCACCGUAUCCCAUGGUGGCGGCACCUAAAAAUAGAGCCGUGCGGCRCUCCCAACAGCUGUGGGCUCACAGCAUGGACUGUUUCCUGCAGGACCUUCCCGUUUUAUAAACCUGAGUGACUGAUGAUACCUUUUCCCUCCCUCAUUCCCCAUCCAAAUUGGCUGUUGGCCUUUCUGGGUCCUGAAAGUGCCGUUUUUUUCCCCAAAACGGCAAAGCAGGGUCUUGCUCUCUCCUGUGGCAGGAGAAGACCCGAGCGCGGUGGCGUGUGCCCUACCAGCACUGGUUGCUUGUUGCUCUCCAAGCUCCUCACGUGCUAGCUGAGCAGGGGAGCCUGUUCCCRUGCUCAGAGGGCAAAUAGCUUGUAGAAACAGGUCAAGAGAAUGUAUUGUGCUUUAAUGCCUAAGCUUUAGAUGAAUAUAUUUUGGGGGAGGUCCUGGUAGUCGCCUCUGGAGAGGCUUGGAGAGAAGCAAAGUACUGGACUGCUCAACUUUUAAACUUGGCUUUUAAUUCUGGAGACUCCCGUGUGCCAACACUGGCAAGCUGCCCUGCCCUCGUGCAGAGAUAGCCGUGGGAGGCUGGAGGGUCUCGCUCCCUCUCACAUCCCAACGUUGCCCGUUUUAUCACUGUGCUGGACGGUUUUAUCACCGUGCUGCUGCUGGACCAGCCCUCCCGAGCUGCAUCUCCCCAUAGGCUCCCACUCCAGGGGCCCUUGGCCGGCCYUGGAGCUGCCAAGUGUGAUCCCGGUCUCAGGCUUGCCGUGUGGUGAUUCCAGCUGGGAGCGGAGGUGUGGGCUGUGGAUGUGGGGAAGGCACGUGGGCGCAGGGUGCCGUGCAUGGUGGUGUCCCCUCCCGGGGCUUGCGUGUGUGCAGGACGUGGGAGCAGUGUGCUGGGGCAAGGGAAGGGACAGAAGAGCAAGGAUAGGUGAGCUAGGAGAGCAAGAAGAGCAAGGACAAGUGAGCUAGAAGAGCAAGAAGAGCAAGGACAGACGAGCUAGAAGAGCAAUAAUGUGCGUGAAAGACGGGCUUGGAGCCGACUGGCUGACCAUUAGUGGUUUAAUGUUACUGCUUGUGGCCUUUUUUUCCCCCACCCCUCCUUUUCCAUUGCUAAUGUGAACGCAGAAGUGAGGGGCUGCUCCCCUCCCUCUGCGCCCGCAAGCGCCUUGCGGGGGCUUUUCUGCGUGUCUGUUUUUAAAGGAUGUUUUGUUCUGUUUUGUACA